CAGCCAAGUACAGAACAGACUUCGCCGCGCCCACUUCCGUAAACAAACCAAAUUCGAACAUUCUGACCAUUCUUGUUUCUCACCUACGUUUGGACAGGACUGAGGAUGAAAACGUGAAAAUCACUAGAAUGGUAGAAUUUCGCAAAAGCUAUGGAAGGAAAGAAGAAGAUACAGAGAACAUCAUCUCCAGCACUCAGCGGUGUGUCUAUAGAGAGUUCACACUCCAUGUAUGCACCUCCUGAAUUCAGUAAUGGAAAGGAGAAGAUACAGAGAACAUCAUCUCCAGCACUCAGCUCUGUGUCUAUAGAGAGUUCACACUCCAUGUAUGCACCUCCUGAAUUCAGUAAUGGAAAGGAGAAGAUACAGAGAACAUCAUCUCCAGCACUCAGCUCUGUGUCUAUAGAGAGUUCACACUCCAUGUAUGCACCGCCUGAAUUCAGUAAUGGAAAGGAGAAGAUACAGACAACAGCAUCUCCAGCACUCAGCUGUGUGUCUAUACGGAGUGCAGAUUCCAUGUUUGCACCUCCUGAAUUCACUGAUGGAUCAGUGCCCUUUGACCCAAGUUUGAAUUCCAGUUCUGCUCCCCACUACACUGCGUCGUUUGAUAUGCUCAAGGAGGGACACAAAAGAAGCUUGAAGAGCAAGUAUGAGAGCUUAUUUGAGGGAACUGAAGAGAAUAAAACUUUCCUGAACCGGAUUUACACGGAGCUCUUCAUCAUAGAGAGAGAGAGUGAAGGGGUGAAUGAGGAACAUGAGAUCUUACACAUGGAGAAAAAUUACAAGACACUACAAGAGACUCCAAUUAACUGCAAUAAGAUCUUUAAACCUCUACCAGGAUGUGAGAAGCAGAGAAAAGACAAAAUCAAGACCGUUCUUACUAGCGGUAUCGCUGGAAUUGGAAAAACUGUCUCUGUGCACAAGUUCAUUCUGGACUGGGCAGAGGGAAAAGCCAAUCGGGAUGUAGAUUUCAUGUUUGUGCUUCCAUUUCGAGAGCUGAACUUGAUUAAAGAUCAUCAGUACAGUCUUUACAGACUUCUGAUGGACUUUCAUCCUGAACUUAAGGAUCUGGACUCAAAGAUCUUUGAAGAGCAUAAAGUUGUGUUCAUCUUUGAUGGACUGGAUGAAAGCAGAAUUACACAGAUGUUUUCAGAAAAUGAGACCGUUUCUGAUGUGAAUGGGUCUUCAUCAGUGGGUGUGUUGAUGUCAAACCUCAUCAGAGGAAACCUGCUUCCCAAUGCUCUCAUCUGGAUCACCUCCAGACCAGCAGCAGCCAAUCAUUAUCCCUCAAAAUAUGUUGAUCGUGUGACAGAAAUUCAUGGAUUCAGUGAUCCUGAGAAGGAGAAAUAUUUCAGGAAGAAAAUCAAUGACGAGCAUCAAGCCAGCAGAAUCUUCUCACACAUUAAAAAAUUAAGAAGCCUCCACAUCAUGUGUCAUAUACCCGUCUUCUGCUGUAUCUCAGCCACCGUGCUUCAAAACCUCCUGAAACAAGAUGGCAGUGCAGAAAUCCCUCAAACUCUGACUGAGAUGUACAUCCACUUCCUGCUCACUCAGAUGAACAUGAGGAAUCAGAAGUAUGAAGAGACAAGUGGAAGAGAUCCAGAGAAACUUCUUCAGUCCAACAGAGACACGAUUGUGAAACUUGCUGAACUGGCUUACAAGCAGCUGAUGAAGGGCAAUGUGAUGUUCUACGAGGAGGACCUGAGUGAGAGCGGCAUAGAUGCCACUGACACCGCAGUGUAUUCUGGGAUUUGCACUGAGAUCUUUAAGAAGGAAUCUGUGAUGCAUCAGAGGAAAAUCUACAGCUUCAUACAUUUGAGCUUUCAGGAGUUUCUUGCUGCAAUAUAUGUCUUUUACUGCUUUGUAAAUAAUAUUUCUGAGUUUCUGAAUUGUUUUGACUUACUUCCUAAUUUGUAUAAAGGAGUGAUAGACACAGCUCUUCAGAGUAAGAACGGACACCUGGAUCUCUUCCUGCGAUUCCUGCUGGGCAUCUCGCUGGAGUCCAAUCAGAGACUCUUACAGGGUUUGCUGAGACACACGGAGAAGAGCUCAGAGAGCAUCGGGACAAUCACAGCUUACAUUAAGGACAAAAUUAAACAUGAACAGGGUCUCUCAGCUGACAGAUCCAUCAACCUUUUCCUCUGUCUGCUGGAGAUGAAAGAUCAGACUCUGUUCAGAGAGAUUGUGCAGUUUCUGAAAUCAAACAAAGACUCACAGAAUAAACUCUCUCCUGCUCACUGCUCAGCAAUCGCCUACAUGCUCCAGAUGUCAGACGAGGCGCUGGAGGAGCUGGACGUCAAGAAAUACAACACAUCAGAUGAGGGCAGAAGGAGACUGGUACCGGCUGUGAUUAACUGCAGAAAAGCUCUUCUUGCUGAGUGUAAUAUCACAGAUCAGUGCUGUGAAAUCCUGGCCUCAGCUCUACAGUCAUCGAAUUCACCGCUGAUAGAGCUGGACCUGAGUAACAAUGACCUGCGGGACGCUGGUGUGGAGAUUAUCUGUGCUGGACUGAAGAGUCCAAACUGUCGGCUAGAGAUACUGAGAUUGUCUGGCUGUAUGGUGACAGAGGAAGGCUGUCGUUAUCUGGCUUCAGCUCUCAGUUCAAACCCUUCACACCUGAGGGAGCUGGAUCUCAGCUACAAUCACGCAGAAUUCCAGAUGUUUUCUGCUCUGCUACAGAAUUCAGACUGCAAACUGAAGAAAUUUAAUGCAGCCCAUUGUGGAGAUUUCAGGAUCACACCAGGACUGCGAAAAUAUGCCUGUGAUCUCACGCUGGAUCCAGACACGGCAAACACUCGUCUCGCUCUGUCCGAGGGGAACAGACGGGUGUCGCUUGUGGAAGAUGACCAGCCAUAUCCCGAACAUCCAGAGAGAUUUAAGCACCAGGAGCAGGUUCUGUGUAGAGAAACUCUGUCUGAACGCUGUUACUGGGAAGUUGAAUGGAGUGGAGGGGCUUAUGUUGCAGUAACAUAUAAAGAAAUCAGAAAGAAAGGAGUGAGCGACUGUAAAUUUGGGUGGAAUGAAAAGUCCUGGAGUCUUUUCUGUACUACUGAUAGAUAUAGUGCCUGGCAUGAUAAUAAGAACACAGACAUAUAUGUCCAUUCAGACCCCUCAAAGAGAGUAGCAGUGUAUCUAGACAGGCCGGCUGGCACUCUGUCCUUCUACAGCGUCUCCAAAACACACGCGCUCACACACAUACACACGUUCAACACCACGUUCACUGAACCGCUCUACGCUGGGUUUGCAGUUUAUGGUUCAGUGUUUCUGUCAGGGUGAACAGCCUUCUGCUUUUUAAGACAUUAAACAUUUCUUAAGUCAUUAAUAAGUAAUUAAUAAGUUCAUUAUGUUUCAUAAUAAACUCUUGUAUGUUACAGGAUGUAGGGGCAUGUUUAUCAUAACACUAUAUUUAAUUGAGUGAAUGUGCUCCCUUCAAACAUCAGGAACACUAAAAGACAUCAGUCAAGUUAAUUAGCUGCUGUUCUUUCACUUGUGAUUCAUAGAUGAAGCACAUAUCAGAAUGGAUUACAAUAUCGUGGUAUAUAUCAGUUACUGUGAUACAAAAUUACUUGUUUAGGUGAUGUCAUUUAUUUGAUAUGUCAUAUUUAUACAAUACAAUAGAAUUUUAUUAAAGGUGCAGUAAGCAAUUUCUGAGAAACGCUGUUGAAAAUUGAAAUCAACAGUUUUGUGAAUAUUUACUAGAUAUCUGUGCUGUUUGUUGAAAAAAACAGUGCUGGAGAAAAAACAAAGUGGAUCGGAUUGAUCCACGGAGCACCAAAACAUUAUUGUAGCCAAUCAGCAAUAGGGGGCGUAUCCGGUCAUGAUGAGGAAGGAGGGAGAGAGAAAGUGGGACAUUUGUAGUAGAAAGACAGAUAGCUGAGAUAUUACCAUAACCGGUAAAACCUGAAAGCCAAAGAAAGAAAACAUCUGUAUAUUCUACUUUCUUUAAAUACUAUGGUAAUGCCGUAAAUGAGUCUGCCGCGACAUUUCUACCCUUCCUUCUCUUAUAAAAGAACCUUUUUAUCAUAGUAAAAUCUACAUAUCGUUCGCAACAAACGUAUUGUUUAGCCUAAAACAUGUUGAAGAUUAGCUGACAGGCAGUCGAUUCAUUAAAUGAUAAGCUGUUUCCUCACAAAAGCGGUUUAUUCAGUGUAGUGAAGCCUCUUCUCCAUUGAAAUCCAUCAAAAAAAACACCAAAAUAAAAAACAGCUUCUGGUCUCCUUUCCCGCGAACUGGCAGCCGCAUCGUUAGCAUUAGCCGUUACGCUUUUUUGGCUAAUGGUUGCAGGCUUGCCAUCAAAUGCUUCAGUUUUUUUGUAUUCGCAAUGUUGUUCAUCACAGAACCAAAUACUCAAUACUUAAAGACUUGCUAUUUAUUUUCAAACUUAAACAUUUUUUUUAUAUUUUAACCUGGAUUAGCAUGCCCUAUAGAUUAAAAAUGUUCUGAUUAUUUGUUAUUGUUCAGUGACAUACGGCUUCAUUAGUUAACAUGUUAAUUCAUUAUUACCAAACUGACAAUGAAAAAUACUUAUGAAGCAUUUAUUAAUCUUAGUUAAUGUUAAUUGUUACCUGUUGUUCUUUAUAAUUCUUUUGCACUUUAAUAAUCUGUUUGAAAAUGUUUAGUUUAUAUUUCUUUUGUGUAUUGUGUUAUUGUAUUUAAACAUUCAGAGUUCUUAAACCUGUUAUACUAUGACAACACUUUUUUUGCAACUUAUUUCAAUAUUGUGAUACCAUAAAAAAGCUUCAGCAAUUAUCCGCAACAUGAAAAUUUGAUACCGUCAUAUGCCUAGUUGUCCUUAUUGUUGAAAACCUGAGCUCCUGAAAUACAAAAACCAAACUGUAAGUACAGUGCAUUAUAAUACAAUGCUGUGUGUGUUACUUUAAGAGAGCAAUCAAACAUCUGUUUUAUUUUCUUUGUUUUUUAUAUGAUUUCAUUUUAAAAUCAUUUAUAAUUAGUCAUUUAUGUAGUUGCCAUUUGAUUUUAUAAUUUAACCAUGUAUUCAUAUUAUUUGAUUUACAUCAUUUAUUCUUUAAUCAUUUAUUCAUCAUUUUAUUAUUAAUAUUCAUUUGUCACUUUGUUUUUAUAAUUUGUAUCACUAUAUUUCCUUUCUAUUGUUGUUUAAUAUUAUGAUUGUGUGGUUUGAAGGAAUGUUUGUCUUCAUGAGUAAGAUUUAAGAGAAUGUCUCCAUUUCAAGAUUUUUAACGUCACAGGAUGAUGUUGUGAAGAAGUGAUUUUCUAUUGCUUUACCUUUGGUAUAAUAACAAUUGUUGGAUUUGUACUAGUCAAACAAAGUCUGAGCAUUGAAACUAAGAUUAUUCAAUAAACACUGCUCUUUUUAUUAUCAUCA